AAUAUCUGGCAUCCCUACUUGAAGACCGCUUAAUCACCAGGGAGAAAACAAACGUGUUGUUUACUCAUAUAAUUUACUGCAAAUUUCUUAGUGUUAAAUUGAUUAUAUUCCUUCGGUUUAUUAAAAAAAAAUCAGUGCAGCUCGUCAACUCAAAUGCAAACAUGUUACGCACCAUUCUUAAACUUGCAUACGAACGGCAGAAAACACUAGCACGAUGUUAUGUGCGACGUGUUCGCAAUCCCGGAAUCGAUCGUCGUAUGAAUCUGCUUAAUGAUGAUCAGCUGCAGACUAGCGCGGAAGAGCUGGACCAUAUGGAGGAAGCCGAUUUUAGCCAGGUACAUAAAUCCCACAGACAAUACGAACAAGAAGUAGAGCAGUACCGGGAACGUUUGCAGUCCUGGAUCGUUGGCAAUAAAUACUUCAAAACAAAACAGCUGAACUUUCUAACAUGGUCGGAAAAGGAACAAAUUCGUUAUUUACACAACUUUGACUCGGAAGAGUGGAGCAUCGAUAAAUUAGUGGAGAGCUUUCCGGCGGAUCGGUACACUAUUGUGAAGAUUAUUAAAGCCAAAUGGUUUCCACGAGACGUGAACCGAAUCCAGCGGCACGACGAAGCGGUUCGUGAAAACUGGGAACGAUUUAAAUCCGGGAGAAUCAAAAACCUGGACGACGGGUUUGCGGAACACUUGAAUAAAUUUGUUAAUCGUAAUUUUCAAGAAGUUGUCAAACCAAAACUCGAGACCAAACGUCUCUACGAAAUACGAACGCUACCGGAAGACGGAGAGUUUUCAAAAAUUAUCACAGGUUGUAAGAAAUACGCCUAUACAGAGGAUGAGCCAGAAUUGACACAAAUAGGCACACAGACUGAGCCGAUUCCGGAAAUCCCAUUCAAAGCACCGAAGAAGGAUAUGUUUUUGAUGGGGAAUGUGUCUGACCUUUCCCCAAGAACAUUAACUCAAAUGAAAAGUGAAUUGGGCCAGCCUUCGGUUAGCGAGGCAGAGCAACCUCAGGUAGUAAGUCGCACGAGUGCUGGAGAGAGUUUCGUCCUGAAUGUGAAGAAGUAUAACUCAGAUCUGGUGCCUUCUGAAUCACGCAAUGCAACUCAAACUGCGACGGGUAUUAAAGAGUUUAUCGAAAUACCGCAAAAGCUGUACAAGAGAGGAGCAACGUUUAAACUGGAUGAUUGCUUCUAUGAUGACGAUGGAGAGUUCCUAUAUCGUGUGCCUGGAAUGACAGGAAGAACAAAACACUGACUCGCUCCAGUAGCAGUGAUUCUACACUAUUGGUGAUAUACUUUAAAAUUAUAUACAAUGGUCAUAGCGCAUAGUUUGUUAGGAAGCAAAAGCUAUUGUUAAAGUUCUGUAAUUUCUAAUUAUGAAAGACUCGAGAACAUAUGUUGAAGCAUAUUAGACUUGGCAAAAGACUCGACUUUCAGUGAAAUUUUGUGAGUUCUUUUGUGUAUACAAAUUUGCUUGCACCAUUCACAAAAUUUCACUUAAGCAGCUCAGUGAAUUGACGUAAAACACCUCAACAAAUGGUUAGAAGAAAAUUAGACGCAGUUCAACUAGAAAAAUGGCAAUCUAAUGAAUCGAAAACAAUCCUUUUAAAAUCUUACAUGAAUAACAUGCUGACGUGUCGAACACGGUCAUUAACUUUUUAUUCAUUCUCACAACAAAUGAAUUCAAAUUCUCUUGGUAAUUACCUAAAAUAAAAAUUUAUGAUUCUA